UGUCCGGUCUUCGGGCACAGAAGUAAUAGUAUAGGCUUGUAUCCAGGAGUAGAGCACUUUAAUUCUAAUAUUAAAUGGAAAUUCGAUGACUCGCAAGGAGUCGAUGAUGAUUUGCAAAAUCUGGAACAAAAUCUUGAUAGAAUUAGAAGUCUUAGCUAUGAGAGAAAUUUCAAUGGAUACGGUUUGAAAGAUAACGACAAUUUGUUACAAGUCGAAGUUAAUGAUGUUGAAGAGGACUCUGAUAAUAACAAAGACUAUAAUGGAAGUGUGCGUGAAAAUUGUGAAGAUAAAAGUGAUUAUAGUGCUUCUCAUAAAUUUUCCCGUAAUUCUUCGUUAUCUAAUAGAGAACUUGACGUAAUCAAAGAGAGUUCAAGAAGCUCGAGUGAUACAGAAGUGACGCUGACACGAUGACUUCCGAGAGUGACAUUCGAUAAAGCAGUGAAUGUUGUUCAUUUAAACUUAUCCCCUGAACAUAGACCUUGUAGUCGAAAGUGUACUGCGAUAUUAAAGAGGCAUCAUAAUUUGCUGGACAAAUAGAAAAUCAUAUAGUAAUAAGUGUAUGUGGACCAGUAGAUUCAGGUCUAAUUUUGUAUGAAAGUCAUUUUAAUUUUAAAUAAAAUUUUACUUGUGAAACACUAACAGAGAAUGGCAAAAAUAUUGUUUUGUACAUUUCAAAUGAUUUACUAUCCGAAUUAUUGUCAAGGUUUUAGAACCUACGAGUAUAAAAUUAAGCAAUAUUUUUCCUUGUAGUUAUGACGAUUGGUAUUUUCUGCAAUAAGUAUGAUACAAUAAAUAAUUUGCAUAAUAUAGCUUUUAUUUUAGUCUUUACGUUAAGGUAUUAUUACAUAAUAAUAGUAAUAAAUAAUCUUCAGUAAAUGUGUUCUAUUGAAGUUUAUAAAGAAUGUGAUACAGACCUACUUGUAUGUAUGGUUGUUAUUUGUUCAAUUUAUCUCUGCAGCUUAGAGCCUAAGUGUAUUCUAUUCAUGGAUUCUGUGUAUGUAUAUAAUUCUAAAAUAAGACUGUAUUAAAGAAAAUUAAUAAGAUAUUCUGAAUCGCACAAUACUUUUCUUCUAUUUUAUGUAAUAAUUAACAAAUUGUUGAUGUCUACCUAAAUGUCAUAAGCAGCA